AUGAGAAACACAGCCAUUCGAAAACUCGUUAGAUUUCUGUUGAGACGCAUUUCGCUCAAGAGUAACCUUCUCCUGCUCGGGCCUUUGACUUUUGUUCCUCUGGUCAAAACAGUUGACUUCCAUAUUCUGAACAUCUUGAGGCAAAUCAAGAUCGGAUCAGCACUAUUGAACCCACCAUUCGAAUAUCGCGCGUUCUCGUCAAAAGUUCCACUCGAGCACUCGUCCAUCUCAGUCGAUACUUGGUCGACAUGCACAGAAGAAGCUGACACAAUAAAUUCUCCCUUAUCCCCAAGCUCGAACACGAUAAUCGACGAACAAGCCCCACAUAUCAACUUCUGUUUGCUUUCACCCAACAAAACGCGUCUCCUCGGAAUUUUAAGCACCUCGAAGCAAUUACUGCACCCUAUAAAAGGGGCCCCGCCAGCCACCGGGCUUUUAUGGCCCGCAACAAACUUUCUCGGGUGGCGCUUGGGCUGUGAUGAUGAUAAGGGUGGGGUCGAACAUACUGCGAGUGGGGCUCGUAAGAAGGCCCGCGGAGAAUUUCGGGCUUGUAUGGACACGAACUGUACUUGA